CAUCAGCAUGACAAAAUACAGUACUAAUACCACCAUUUUUCUCUUUUUAACUUCUUCUUCUUCUCUCUCUCUCUCACACACACGCACAGUCACACACACUGUAACUUUCUCCCUGUCCAUCUAUUUAUACACACCCUUUGAAGGCAGUCCUCACCAUCUCAAAUCCAUAUAUUAUACAAAAGAGAUAUAGAGAAGAAUGUCUCCAGCAGCUUCAUCAAGGUGGUGUCCAACACCAGAACAAUUGAUGAUCUUAGAAGAGAUGUAUAGAAGUGGGAUAAGAACUCCAAAUGCUUCUCAGAUACAGCGUAUCACAACCCACCUCUCUUUUUAUGGCAAGAUUGAGGGCAAGAAUGUAUUUUACUGGUUUCAGAACCACAAGGCCAGAGACAGACAGAAGCUCAGGAAGAGACUCUCCAAGCAAUUGCACCAAGAGCACCAACAUCAACUUUACCAUCAUCAAUAUCAUCAACAACAACACAAGCAAGUACUAAACUACCAUAACCAUCUUAUUCAAUACCUUGAGAAGCCUCCUGCUUAUUCCUCUCCUCUCCAUCAACUUUCUCACUAUAACUCAAAUGAGCUUCUUCCUCAGGAUGGAGUUGAGGAGGCAUCAACACAGACGAUGAAUCAGAAAUGGAAGGUAGAUCAUAGGGAAAGGAUGGAGACGGAAAAAUCAACGGCUCUUGAUUGGAUGAUGAUGAUGAAUGUGGGUCCAAGCAGUACCCCUUGUUGCAAUAGACCCCUCAAAACCCUAGAACUCUUCCCCAUCACAGCCACCAGUCUCAAAGAUGAAUGCACAUCUAAGCACAAUAUUUCCUAUUCCAACCAACUCUAACAGCAUGAAUCUAGAUCUCUCUCUAGGUAGAUGGGUCAGCUAGGUUUCAAUCUACCUAUAAGUUGUUUAAUGUCUUUGGUUUCUGUUAUGCAUUUGUCUCUAGACUUGGGACUCUAGCUCCAGUGAGAAAUAUCUGUAUCUUCUAAUGGGUAAUUACUAUAGUACUACUAUUACUCUUUAAGUUGGUACUGUUUGUUUCCAAAUCAGAAUCUGCUUUGGGCUUCACAAGGUUCUUUUUUUGUAUUGUUAUUAAGCUUGUCUCUACAUGUUGUAAA